GUCCUUCCUCUUUACACCUCCCAUUUCCAAUCCCUUGUUCAUUCUCCUUUACUUAUACUCGUCACAUGUUUUUGUUCUUGAAAAGUUCCCCUAACCAGUAACCACAUCUCCCUCAUUCCUUCAUGUCUGGUUGGUCUGUUUAGAUACUGUGUCAGAGAAUUAGUCAGCUUUUGUCUUCUCCAUCACUUCUGCUUUUGUGCAACCCAUUUUCACCAUUCCUACCUUUGAUCCAUACAGAAAAAAGGCCAAUCCCUUACCCCAAAAAACCCUAAUUAUUAUUUUAACUUCUCGUCUCAUAAACCAUGAAUAACCCUCACCAUAUGAACCCUAGGUCUCUAAAAUCCAGGUUCACCACAAGGUUCCUCAGGGCUCUGACCAAAAUCCGUGCUCAAAAACCUAUAUCCUCGUCUUCUCCCACCGAGAUCUUCCGACGAUACCGAAAGAUCAAGGUGGCUGCAGACAAGUCCAUGGCCUACUCCGUUAGGUCGAGGAAAACUUGGAGUAGGGCAAUGCUUUGGAAGCUUCGGAGCCGAUCACAUCGCAGAAGACCAGUGAAGACUAAGUUCCGACAAUCCGUCAUGAAGAACACGAAAACAACAACAACAACAGGGGAAGAUGGGGUUGGGUUCGGUGUCGAAGCAAGUGAACUAAGAGAGCUUGUUCCAGGUGGUGAAGCCAUGGAUUUAUGCAACUUGUUGGACGAGACAGCACAUUACAUUAAGUGCCUUACCACCCAGGUACAGGUGAUGAAAAAAAUUGCCGAUUUCUACUCUCUCUGAGCCUUUUGAGUAAUAUAUAUAUAUAUAUUCUUAUCACCAUCAUCAUAUAUAUAAUAAAUCCGAAGAACAUAAUUUUAAAAAGGGAAAUAUUUCUUUUUC